GUGCAACUGACAAUGUCAUUUCUGACACAUAAUGUUUGUGGUUAAAAUGUUACACCACGAUUAAAAUUUAAAAGUAGAUCAUACCAUGUAUUAUUCGUCAUCAUUUCUAAAUUCCAUAUGCAAACACACACAUUUUCAAUAUGCCCUAUGGUGGUAAAAAGGGAUUCGUCAGAGGAUUCAUAGCUGGUGGCAUUUCAGCUGGCGUGGUCAAAACCACCAUGGCACCCAUCGAGCGCGUUAAAAUUAUUCUUCAGAUACAAGCAAUCCACAAGGAUAUAUCAGAAAAAGACGCAUACAAAGGUAUCAUAGACGCAUUCAUCCGCUUACCAAAGGAGCAAGGAAUAUUCAGCAUGUGGAGGGGGAAUUGGGCCAACGUUCUGAGGUACGUUCCCACCCAAGCAAUGAAUUUCGCUUUCAAAGAUGUGUACAAGAAAAUAUUUUUAGAGGGAGUAGACAAAACGAAACAGUAUUGGACAUUUUUCGCUUGUAACGUAGCAGCAGGAGGUACUGCUGGUGCUACAUCAAUGCUGUUUAUUUAUCCCCUUGAUUAUGCUAGAACGCGCUUAGCUGUUGACGUGAGUAAACUCGGAACAAAAAAGGAAUACAAAGGUGUGUACGAUUGUCUAUAUAAAACGUUCAAAUCCGAUGGUCUAAUGGGUUUAUACAGAGGAUUAAAUGCUUCAAUACAGGGCAUAUUCGUGUAUCGUGGUGUUUAUUUUGGUUUCUACGAUUCUGUAAAAGUAUUAUUACCAGAUCCCGCGCAUCCAUCCAUCAUUAAUUCAGUCAUCCUAGCAAAUUGCGUAUCGCUGCUUGCAGGGUUAACAUCGUAUCCUUUCGAUACCGUAAGAAGACGCUUGAUGAUGCAAUCGAACGUCGAAGAAAAAGACGUCAUCUACAAGAACACUCUAGAUUGCUGGGUGAAAAUUUACAAAAACGAGGGGCCCAGGGCGUACUUCAAAGGUGCUUUGUCCAACGUUUUACGUGGGUGCGGAUCGGCUUUGGUUUUAGUUUUAUAUGAUAAGGUUAAAAGGUACUUGUAAACGUGUCAUAUAUUAAAAUAUUUUAAACAAUGAG